CUCGUCGUGUUCGCCUCUCUUUGCGCCUGCGCUCUUCUUCCUUUAAGACCACAGUGGAGUCUACGACACACAAACAGAAGUGAGGAGCUACAGUCUUCUUGUCUCCGGUCAGCACGGGACAUUUCACAUGCAUUGGGUUUGUGAGUUCACUUGAUGUCGACACCCUCAGGGGUUGGGAGGGUCUGCAAACUCAAAACUUCCAACUAGCACCUACAUCUGCGACCACUCUCAUGUUCCUGCAGAGCACCGAAUAGUUCAUUCUAAAAACACUAUUGCAGAGCUUAUUGCCAACAUGGAGUGCGUAGCAGUGGACAACCUAAUAGACUUUGACCUGCCCUCAGAGGCCACAGUUCUAAGCAAAGAUGGAGGCCAACACCAAGGCCAUUCAGACAUUUUCUCACCAGAGCAGGUCCCUUCCAUGGGAGUCCACCAGCAGCCCUUAGUGCCAGAGCCCAUAGCGCCAAAUAAGCCCAGCACUCACCACCACCACCAACACCACCAAGAGGAAGGAGACAAUGACAGCGAUGCUACAGAGUCGGCAGACAGCGAGAACGACAUGGACCCGCCCUCUCGUACGUGGGAGCUGAGGAGGUCGUCAUCUUCGUCUGCUCUCAGUGGAGAAGACGCUGACUCUGAGACGGUGGAGAGGAGGCACUUCAUGAAGGCUUAUGUGGAGAAGGUGUUUCACGGAAAGGAGGACUUUGACCAGGAAGAGAAGGCUCGUUUUGGAGAGCUGUGCAGUGGAGAGACUGGCAAAGGCAGGGAGUGGUUUGCCAAAUACGUCAGCGCACAGCGCUGCCACUCUAAAUGUGUGAGUGAAGCCACCUUCUACAGACUGGUGCAGUCUUUUGCAGUUGUACUGUUUGAAUGUUAUCAGAUGGAUGACUACAGCCCAGCCAAAAACCUCAUGACUAUGUGCUUCACAUACUACUACAGUGGGAAGUCCCAGCCAUCUCCCUCGGAGCUGCUGGAUCGUGGCGGUCCUCCAGCUGGUCUGGACUCGUACAUCAACAAGGCCAACUCCUGGUUGUCUGUGAAGAAGGAUGCCGCUGAGCGCCUCCUCAAAACCACAUCUAAAACUGACGUCAAGGGCUUCUUUGGAGGCCUAGAGAGCAAACUAAGGGGCUCAAUGGCUCCCAAGACUGAGGAUGAGGAAAGCCCAGUUGAGACAAAGCCCAAAUCACCAGUGUCUGAGGCUCCAGAGGAAAAGAAAGGAGAGAAGGUGUACCUGUACACCCACCUGAAGCAGCAACCCAUCUGGCAUACUCUAAGAUUUUGGAACGCUGCGUUUUUUGAUGCCGUCCAUUGUGAGAGGACAAAAAGAUCACCAACCACGAGGGGAACGCAGGAUGAAGAGAAAGACGAGAGGGAGAAGUGGUGUCAUAUGACCCAGGAGGAGAGGGACGACAGCUCCAAAAUCGAUGAGAACAUCGCCUUCGGCCAGCUGGGGACAUUCACUCAUAACAUGUUAGCGUUUGGACUCAGCAAGAAGCUCUGCAAUGACUUCCUGAAGAAGCAGGCAGUCAUUGGGAACCUGGAUGAAGAACAGUACAAGUUGCUGAGUGACCACAUAGAGAAAAUGGCAGCAGAGUGAGUUUGAGGACGACAGCAGCAUUUCAAAGUCUCCAUGUAACAGACUGACAGCACAAUGUCACAGUGACCAACUCUCUGUGUGACUGUCGUAUUUGUGCGUUGCACUGCUGAAAAACAACAUCCCCGGCUGUACUGAACUGUGCCAUAGUUGUAGCAAACCCUGUUUAUCCAACUUGUCAGUGCUCAAAGCAUAAAGCCUGGAAACUGCUAGACUGGCUCCGUUCAAAAGGUGACAAAAUCCACCUACCAGUACCUCUGUUACUGAGUUUCAGAGGUGCUGCUAGGCAGACAUUUUACCAUCUUGACAGGCUAACUGUUUCCCCCUGCUUCCAGGCUUUAUGCUAAGCUACAGUAAGACAGUGGUAUUAAUCUUCUCGUUCUUUCAAAAAAGAAAAAAAGCAGCAAAGUCUUCCUUCUGAUUACGUACUUAGAGAAAUGGUAAUACCUAUUUCAAUCCUAUUUUUGCCACUUUUACCCACACAUAUACAAUCUAAUGGUAUUCAUCUGAUGUUUCUUUAAUUAGAAACUUGAUUAUACCCAUGGGAUCUUUAGAGACUAUACUUAUCUUUUCAAAGUGCCUUCCAUGAAAGUUAAUGUAUUUUAUCUUGAGAUGCUACCCUCGAUUGCCCAACCAAACACUAAUGCAGAGCCUGCAAUGAUCACUCUAUUACUCAUUCCCAGAUAAAAAAAAAACUUCUGCACGCAAUUUUUUUUUUUUUAAUUGUAAUGUCGUGUGUUUUCAGUGAUGGACCUAAGUAGCAGUUUCAUUUCAUUUAGUUGAGCUGUAAUUCAUACAAUGCAUAGCUUAGCAUCAAUCAAUCAAGCUUUAUUUGUCAUUGCAUGAAUACAGUGUAUUAAAACAACAUGUCGCCUGGAUGAAAGUGUACAUUCUUUCCUAUCCUGCUACAUAUGUAUGCUUUCUGUCUGUAUAUCUAUCUAGCAGGUGCAAAUAGCAUCAAGCAAAUGUAAAAUGAGUAACUGAACUGUGAAGUGACAUUUCCUAAUUGUAUUACUUCAUCCUACCACUUAGGGGUAGCAUUGUGUCUUCAUUUAAAGCAUUUCUCAAUGAAAGGUUCCUAAAUUCAAUAAGUCCUUAGCUUUAGGCUCGAGAACACAUCAAUGUUCAAUGUUUUUAAAUAAUGAAAUAUGGUUACCUACAUUUGAAUGCCAGGAUGAUGCACUUUUUGGCAGGUUGAAUCCCAUUUCAGAUUGUUAAUCUGUGUGAAGUCAUUUUGUAAAUACUGUACAUAUUUCUCUGUAUGUCUGUAAGAAUUGAUCACGUGCUGCUGUUUGUGAACUGUAGGUAAAUGUAUAAACAAUAGAUGUAAUUGUGUACAUUGUGUCCAUGAGGAACAUACAUGUCUAACUGUAGUUAUGACCCUGAAGUGCCCCCAUAAAUCCAACCUCUGACAUGCUUGUUCAAAGUAUUUGCAUAUAGUGUUGUUCAAUAAUCUCCAAUGUAAAUGUAAAUCAUUCCUUCCCAGCUGAGUGACAUAUUUGGAGCUACAUGCAGUAUAUUCAUACAAAUCAUACCAAUCACAUAGACAGCUUUGUAAACCUCUGUUCGCUUUGCACCGUUUACUAUUGACUCUUUCAAUUCUCUCAGGUGUCCCUUUGCAUGUGCUCUAAGUCAAUUUCUAAAUCUUUGAAACAUAUUCUUAGACUACGUACGCGAUAGCUAAAUACCCUUCAUUCUCUACCAUUGUGUUUUUCCUGAUGUGACCAUGUUGCAAAUUUGUAUACCCUUCUUUGUACACCCUUUGGGCUUGGUUGAAGUAUUGAUCUGUAUAUUGUACUUUUUAGUUCAGCAUGAGCCAUUUGCACUACAUUUAGUCUCAACAUCUCUACACUCGUAUCUAUUAAAUAUUGUUAUAUCGAUGCCUUGUAUAAAUGUUCUGCAGGGCCAGUGCACGCUCUCUCUCGAACAGAUCUGUUGUAAAAUGUUGAUGUUAGUUUGUCUUUUGUAGCCUAGAUGAAAAGACCAUUUAAACUGUAUUGACUUUGUGUCAAUUUUGUCAUUAAAGUAGUAUGUUAGGUUUUUCAUGUGAUUGCCCUUUUGAUAAACUCAUGUUGUGAAGAUA